GCGCAUGUCAAGUAGACAUCAACGCCAUAUUGCAAAUGGUGAAGUCGGCUGCGUGGGAGCUGCUUACUUGUGUCGUGUAGAGAGAGAGAGAGUGAGAGAGAGAGAUUUCAGUAUCGUUAUUAAAGGAAACAAAAUUAAGAAGAAAAUGGGACGAUCAAGAAGUCGUAGUCGAUCAACAAGCAGGACGAGACAUCGUGCAAAACACAAGAAAAGGCGCACUAGGUCACGUUCACGGUCUGCGUCCAGAGAUCGCAUCCAUAGUCUCAGUCGGCAUCACAGUAGCAGCAGAGUCCAACGGUCUCGGUCGAAAGAUAGAAAACGAGUUGCCAGGCGGCGAUCAUAUUCUUCUAGUAGUUCAAGUAGUGAUGAAGAUCUUAUUAUUCGUGCUAAACGUCGGGAAGAGGAGGAAAAGAAAGCUGAAUUGGAAAAACAGAGAAUUUUAAAACAAAAGGAACUGGAAGAAAAAUUGAUAGAAGAGGAAGUAGCUAGGCGUGUAGAAGAGCUUGUGGCUAAAAGAGUUAAUGAAGAGCUUGAGAAACGUAAAGAUGAAAUUGAAGCUGAGGUGAUGCGACGGGUAGAAGAAGCAAAACGAAUAAUGGAGAAACAAAUGCUUGAAGAAUUAGAAAGACAACGCCAAGCUGAACUUGAAGCACAACGUCAAAAGGAGGAAGAGGAGCGGAAAAAGCGAGAGGAUCUUGAGCGCAUAAUGGAAGAAAACAAUAAAAAAAUUGAAGAAGCUCAAAGAAAAUUGGCUGAAGAGCAGUUGAAGCUGGUUGAAGAACAGCGAAAAAUUUUAGAAGAGAAACAGAGAAUGGAAGAGGAGGAAAGGAAACGGGUGAAACAAGAACAAGACAGAAUUUUAAAUAAGAAAAAUGCUCGACCAAAAUUAUCAUUCAGUUUGGGAAAAUGAAAGACUAACGACUGGUGUAAUGUAAGAAAAUCUAAAAUUAGAAAGUUAUUUUGUGUAGGCAAUGUUGACAAUAAGAUACAAAUUAAGGAUUUGGUUAUCUUUAUGGAGAGCUGCUAAAGUAAAAGAUUUAAAAGAGAUCUGAAAUAAAAUUGCAGACUAUACUGCAAGUUCUAUUUACAGAUGUCUUGGAAAAGGGAAGAAAUUUUGAUUGUGUUUACUGCAUUGCAUUAUUCAUGAACUUUUUUUAAACCAUAAGAACUUAAUAAGGUUUUUAAAAUCUGGUCUUCCUUAGAAAAAGAUUCCCUUUUUCUCUUGAUUAUUUUUCAAGAGAAGGAUUCAUAAUCUUAUCAGGGAUUAGUCGUCAUGGAUUAAUUAAAAGAAACUUUUUUUUUUUUUAUCCCUAACACCAGUUGAAAAAAAAAAAAAAGCCACAAUUAGUUUAGGUUACUGGUCUGUUUUCUUUGUUGAAAGAUUAAAGAACAUGCAUACAUUUGCGUCCGUAUUAUGUGAAAUAUCAAUUUCUCUUGGUCAUUGAUGUUUUACGAAUUAGGAAUGUUUUUCUGACUAAUUUAAAUGCCUUGUCAGAAAAUUCGUUAUGUAGUGAAUUUGAUGAGUAUGUCAUUGUUGACGGUUGGUUGUUACUUUGAACAGGGGUGAUUGCAUUUUAAUGUAUUUUAUUUCACUGUUGCAAAUCUACUGUCUAGUUGGCACUGUAACUCCACUUGCUUUGUGGCUUUAACAACAACAAUAUAUUCUCUUGUUAUAAGGAAUAUAGUUGUUUACAACUAGUUCAGCUAAAAAUACUUGGCUGAACUCUGUGAACAAUAUCACACCAAUAAGAUAGGUGAUGUCGCUAAAAUCAUCUAAUGUUGAAUGAUGCAUUGUUAUAGAAUAAACAUUACAGCGAAAUGCUGUUUUGUUUGAUCAGAGUUAAAGAUGCAGGGUUGGCUGGACUUUUUAUUGUUAAAUGGUAUCGCUUGACUUGUUGCUGCUUUAUAACUGCAGCCAUUUCUCUCACUCCUCCAUUAUAAUUACUGCUCCAAUUGAACAAAAUGUAAAAUUUCAAAAUCUCUAGAAAAACGGCCAUUUCUUAUAUUCUUUUGAAUAUAGAUUAUUGAUACCUUCUUCAUUGUAAAUUGUUCCUGUACAUUAGUUAAACGGUACAGAACCUUUUUUUUUUUCUUAAAUGUACAUUUCUUGUACUUCUGGAUCUCAUCACCAUCUUUCCUUCCCCCUACUCCCCAAACAUUUUGUACAGUUUUUACAUCUGUAGCAAAACUGGUUUCAUUCAUACAUUUUGCCACUUCUCUCUCUCUCUCUCUUUCAAAAGCCCAGAUGUUGUACCUUGCAGUGUUCAAAUGUUGGCUUAUUAAAUCAGUUGAAUGCUACCCAAGCUUGAUCUACAUUUGUACAUUUUGAUACUUUCAUAAAUGAUCUCCUUUUCAUAGGAAAUGCUUAUUGCUUAUAAGCAUUUGAAAGAUCUUAAUUUUAAUGGAUAUCUGAUGGAAAUAGAUGCUGGUUCCCAAAAAUCUCUUCUAUUCCUGUGCAAUGAGCCAUUUAAUGAACAACUGGCACUGACUAAUAUCUGUUAGUAUAUACUGAACAUAACGUUCUCAGGUCUACUGCUGGACCCAGCUGUAUAUUUCUAUGCCGAGCCAAACCAAGACUUACAACAUUCUGCCUACUUCAACUUUAGUGCUCUUAUUUCUGAAGGUUUGGCAGUAGCUUUGAAAAUUGCCUGUUUGACUACUAUGUAGUCCAACUUCCCUUUGUCUUUUGUAUGUACAUUUUUAUUUUUAAACUUGAUCAUUUGUCCGUUCAUGCUUAACAUUAUACAUAUAGUUAGCUUCUUUUGAUACUGUCCGUUUCAGUACAUUUUGAUAUUUAAGGACAUCUGAAAUUUAUCUAGUUUAUAACAUUUUUACAUUUAAUUUUUCAAGAAAACAAUUAUAAAAUAGUGAUGCUUUACAAAAAGAGUGAAGUCUUGAGUCUUGGUUGUAAAAUUUUUGAGCAGGUUUUUUUUUUUUUUCUUUUUUUCAUCAUACCAUCUUCUGUAAAUACACAUGAAAUCAUUAAAGCAUUUAAAUGAA